CUGCGGACAGUCAGCUUUCCACGUGCGGUGCUCCCGCGCUUCCUUUCUAUCGCUGCUGUAAACACUGCAAAGAACCGUGAGACGUGUGGACUACUCCUUGGAAGGCAGCGGGGACGCAAGUUUGUAGUUACGAUCCUACUUAGAACGAAACAGCAUUGGACGAGCGAUACGUCCAAUAUGGAUGAGGAGGAACUUAUGCUUGACCUUACGGAGAAGCGGGGUUUGAUCACGCUUGGAUGGAUUCAUACACACCCGACGCAGUCUUGCUCCAUGUCCUCCGUUGACCUACAUACCGAUUCUGGCUUCCAACACAUGCUCCCUGAAUCCUUCGCAGUAGUCUGCGCUCCGCAGCACACCCAUGCUCUGCAUCCCUCCACGUGUGUGACCCAACAUCUAGUAUAA